CCAAGUAAUGGAAUAGUUCGUAGAAACGGAGAAUGGACGGAUAAAAACAUGAAAUGGCAACCUCAAAGUCCGUCGUCUAAUAAUACCCGAAACUGAGAACUUACCCGGGUGACAGGUCAACGGUUCACAAAAGCAAGAAGGAGGAGAAAAGGGUCAGUCGGUCAGAAAAGGUCACACAAGGCAGAGCCUCAUCUGCUCAGCGCUCUUAAGUCUUAAUUAUCUUGUUUGUGUCCUGCUGGAAUCUUCUGGUCUCACUCCACUCAACUCACCAUCGAUGGCCUCACGAGUCAGUUGGAUAUCCGUGGCAAUGUUAAUCUUCUUAAGUUACUGGGACCAAGGUUCCUGCCAAUGGGGUCCAUUCUUUCAGCAAAGGCCGCAGCAAAGGCAAGGGUAUCCGGUAACGACUCCACCAUUACCUUAUAGUGGAUACAACAGGUAUCCACCAUUACGAUUAGGUUUCCCAGCCCAAACUGCGCUGAGUGAGAAGAGGGUCGAUGUUUCACAACUGCCACCGGGAGAAGAAACCGCUUUGCGCGAAUCAAUAACCAGUUCAUCGACACAUCGGAAGACAGCCAAUAUCGGUACAAAUGUACAUUUCACACCAGGUAUUAGAGGUCUGCCUUCUACAGCUGUAGGUGAAAGAGUCAUUACUCAUAAAGAAUCAUUGAUUAAUUCUACCGUUGAGCCAGAUACACAACACACUAAGGGUUCAAAGACAAAAAGAGGAGAAAAUGAGAAAACAAUACAUGAUCUGACCGAAGUUGUUCCACAAGUAGAGUCUCCUGGUUUAACAAUUACUAAAGCUCCAUCUUUAAGGCCAUUAACAAUGAAACCAGUUAGUCUCAUUAUUUCUCGUCAAAGUGUAGGUGGCAAUGUUUCAACAGAAUUGUCAGAUAUGAAGUUUGACAAUAAAGCAGAGAACGGAGCUGAUGAGUAUAAGAAAGUUUCAGACCCUUUAAACUCAACUGACUCUCUACCAAAUAAACCAAAAGACCAAAAUGGCCAUGAAGUACUUAAUGUACAACAAGUGAAUGUGGAUGGCAGAGUAAUAUUCUCAAAAAAUAACGGUAACAAUACUGCUGUUCAAGAAGAUCGCUUGUCAAGCAAUAACCCUGAGGUAGCCGGUCCUCUAUCUAUUCCUACUGAUGUCCUUUCGGGGCCUGGACAGCACUUUCCCACGAGAGAUGAAGAAAUUAGUAAAAAAAACAAUUCUCCAUUUUCACACUCUCCAUUAAACAAACAGCCUGUACCUAACUAUCAUCAAAAUCCAAGCAGGUAUCAGAAUCAACGUCCAGCAUAUCCACCUUACAACGCCAACAGGAGGCCUUCGCCAUCAUUUCCCCAACAAAAUGGGAAUCAAAGGCCUAACCCAGCAAAUCUCAGACAAUCAUUAAACAUCCAACAACAAACAACAUUGGGCUCAGAUGAUUUUAAAGGUAAAUAUGCACCAGUUGAGGGAAAUCCACAUUACAGCUCUCAAGAAACUGCAAAUUCUGCAGAGAAAAUGAAGUUCUUUCAACAUACAUUUCCAGAAAAUCAGGCAAACCAUCAAGAAUCUGUGCUGAAUUUUAGUCAUGAAAGCAAUAUCCAGAAUCAGCAAGUUUCACUUGAAAAUAAUUAUUCACAGGGAAGCGGUCCCGACAGUCGUCACCCACUUCCAUGGAAUUCAAAAGACAUAAGGCAAAAUCCACCUCAAACAAAUCCUGUACAUUAUCCUCAGCCAGUCUAUACCAGGUACCCAAGUGUACAAUUGCAAACAACAAACUUCCAUGACGGAACUAGACCUCACCAAACAGGGUCUUCACCUAUACUUCCUCACACACCAUUACAACAGAAUUUACAAGGGAAUUACAACCAAUAUCAACAACCUCAUUCCCAGCAAAGCCCUCCAGUUUCACCAUCACAUUCAAAUCUCCCAUACUUAAGAAGACCUUUGAUAGGAUACAACAAUUACAGGCCCUUGCCACCUCAUCCUUUACUAAAAGUAGGAAAUCCAACUGGGCAAAAGCUGCAUCAAGUUAUUGGUCCAGUACUAGGUCCUGCACCAGGAGCACUUUGGAGACCCUUCACAGAGGAACACCCAUCGCAGACAGAGGCAACUACAGAUGAAACACUGUUCGUAUCUUCUACCAAUCCUCCAGACAUCCAGAGUAACCAGGAUAGUGUGUUCAUCGACAGCUCUGUAAGAAACAACACAAAAAGACAAGGCAACAGGAAAAUAGACAUUUCGGUACAUGAUAAUGGUCGGAUAUUGUCCUAUAAAUCUGGGGGACUAAACUCUCUUCACAAUGGUUUUCAGGAAAAUAAUAAGCCACGUGUAUUUAUGAAUUCUUCAACAAGUUUACUAAAAUCAGCUUCACAUAACACUGAGAGAGAAGACGAUGUUAAUUUCAAAAGUCACCAUGAGGUUCUCCCACAAUUUAGUCCUGCAAGUGGACUGCAUUUUAUCUUGGAAAAGGAUACUCACAAGAACAACAACCAGAAUGUAAAAAACUUUGUUCUUGAUGCGAAAAAUACAGAAAUCAAAGGAGAUAAUAAGUUGAAGAUUACUGAAGGGGGUUUAAAUACUAUUGGUACAUUCACUAAUGGUAGUGUAGUCCAGUUAGUUAAUGGAAAUCUUUUUGACGAUAACAAAGACAACAUCGAUGAUUCUUUGAAUCUAGACAAAACUACAAAUUUUUCAAGAGAUAUUGAUGAUAAAGCAUUACAUGCUGCUCAAAAUCCUUGGAAUGAUUCAUCAUUAUCAGUCACUGUUUCACCACCAUUACUUUCAACGAUCGAUUCUUUGUUUUCAACUGCUUCCACUGAUUCACAGUUCAGUGGCUUACUGUCUCUCUCUUCAUCUGAUUCUUUGUCUCGGUCUCCACCCACUGAGUCUUCAAUAGCUUUGACUUCUCCCUAUUCAAGAGAUGGUGUUACAAGAACUGACAAAAAUUCUUUGUCACCUAAUAAUGGAGGCAACCAACAAAAAACUGAAUUGCUUUUGCUAGGAGCGCUUGGUCCCAUGAAACCAGUUUCACUAGAAAUACCCGACGAACGCAAAAAAGUUCACUUAAAUGAAUCACUUGUACUUGGCAACACACCAAUUGAGGGAUUCCAAAUCCCGGAAGAAGAAGAAGUACAUUUUCUGUCAAUGGUGCCGUUCUUCCAAAAUGUUGUUCCUCCCAAACAGAACAAAACAGCUACUGAUAAUGAUAAGCAAGAUUUAAAUGAAAAACCAAACGUCAGUCCGGCAACACCACUGGGAAGUGUUGACUCUAAAACUAUUGUCAAAAUUAUAGCAGAAACAGGUGGCGAUGUUUCGAGAGUUUCUCCACCUCAAAAAGGAGCAUUUAAAGAUAUUGCUACGACGAUUUUUAGUACAGAAAGUAUUCAUUAUCCUGACUAUUCAUGGCAGCCAGUUACCAAACAACAGAUACCUGAGGCAGGAGUGAAUCUGCAGUCAAACCACACAACAGACUCACCUAUUUUGAACUCUCAGGAUGCUGAAUUACACAAAAGAAAUCCUCUUCACGAUGAAGCACCGCUGAAACCUUCUCCUUUUAUUAAUGAAAAAAAGGACUCUACAGGAAUGAUUUCCCUGAUCGAUGUCGAUGCGACCUCAUCCAGAGAAAGCGAAACGGCAGCUCAAACCCACCAGAAAGAUUAUGUACCUUACAGGUGGCAACAGCGCUAUCACAGCCGUUCACCUAUACCGAUUAAACCUACAAUGAUGCCAUCCCAGAUCGGUGAGUCUUUUGCUGAAGAGUCACUUCCGCUACCUCUCACCAUGGAGGACAAUGCCACACAAAUACAUUCUGAGGGAGAUCUCUCGACAGAGUCAACAGCUGUAGAUCUGAGCAAAGUAGCGGAAAAUGAUCAUGAGCAAUCUCUCACGGCAGGAGAAUCAACGGAAUUGGUGGAGUCGCCUAAUACUUCGGAAAACGAUCAAAUCAGGCUAAUCCUACACGGACUUCCCAAAUCCUUAAGAGCCUCUGUUACAAUAGAUAAAAGGAUCCUUGACAUUGGUGCUCGGCCAGUUAUCAGCACUGGCUACGGCAAUGUUGUUUAUCAAGUAUGAUAAAUUUUCUGACUAGCAGAACAGGUUCACAUGAAAAAAAAUUCUCUUUAUUUAAUAUCAAACGUUUCCAUUAAUAGAAAUAU